CAAGAAAAAAAAGGGUCCAGCUAAGAAUUCCCCUCCGAAUUGUCUUGAUGAGAUCCCGAGCUUCCAAAAAGUAAGCACCUGGUGCCCGUAGCAGCGGCGGAUAUUUCUGCACACACCCGCGAGGAGUCCCAAUGGCUGCGAUUAAUCAGUGCAUCGCCUCGCUAUCGAGGAUAGGCCUCGGAACCGCCUCCAGGCCCGUAUACGCGACAGUCCCCCUCUUCCUUGCCCCGGCUAUCAUCCAGACGAGAUGGAAGGGCGGCCCCAGUGCUGGCACGAUGGCAAUGCGCGCGCGUCAAAAAGAGAAGUUAAAGGCUAAGUUGAAGCGGAAGCAGUCGCGCUUCAAAGAAUAUAAAUAUGCCGUCGCCAGCCACGAGGAGCGAUUCACGCUAUGCGAUGCGAUGCGAUACCUACGAGCAGCUGAAGUUGGCCGCCCCCCAGCAUCGGCCACCUACGAGAUCGCGAUGAGAGUCAGGACACCCAAGAACAGCCCCGUCCUCCGAAGCCGUAUACAACUGCCGUAUCCCGUCAAGAGCGACACGCGCAUCGCCGUCAUCUGCAAAGAAGGCAGUGGUGCCAUGCAGGACGCCCGUGCAGGCGGAGCUGUCGCGUUCGGCGAAGAGACUCUAUUUCAACUGAUCAAGGACAAUCCGAACGACCUUCCGUUCAACCGCCUCAUCUGCCACGCCGAUUCCGAGCCUGCGCUCAAGAAGGCCGGACUCGGCCGAAUACUCGGUCCCAAAGGUCUCAUGCCCAGCUUGAAAACCAAUACCAUCACCCGCAGCGUGAAGACGCUCAUGCAGGAGAUGGCGGGCGCCGAAAACUACAGGGAGAGGAUCGGCUCGAUCCGCAUGCCUAUCGGCAACAUCCAGUUUACGCCCAGGCAGCUUUCCGAGAACAUCCGAGCGUUGGUCGCAUCGGUGAAGAGCAAUAUGGUGAGGCUGGAGGAAAAGGUCAAGAAAGACAUGAUCGAAAUUGCGCUCAGUUCUUCGAACGGACCGGGUUUCCCCCUUAGCGGUGGCUUCAAUUCUACGGACGAAAAGGUCCAGCCUGCGCACUUGAGCACGGCCAUGUAGAUACCUGUACAACCCGUACAUCAUAAGGUCAUUUCUCCCGAGAAAAGAAACCGGUGCGAGCAAAUAAACACGUAAAUCCUAUAUCAUAUCAAAUCAG